AAAUAUUUCAGCGUAUUUUUUUUUUUAUAAAUUUUUGCUUUUCAACUGUUCAAAUAGAUAAAUUUAAACAAAUAACAAAGAUGUUGAAUUUUGAAUUAUUUUGUGUAAGACUUGUACUUAUAAGUUUUAUAUUUAAAUUGGUUACAUCGGAUAAUGAGUGCAACAAAAUUACUAUUGAGGGAGAGGAGGCUGUCAUGCACAAACUAUUCAUGGAAUUUAAUUUCAUGAUGACAACCAUACAGGAGCUAAAUGCACAAAUUGAUUCUAAUCAGGAAGCUGGUGACAGUUAUAGCGAAGCAGAAAAUAUGGCUGAAUUCAUUGAUAUGCGAAUUGAUAAAUUACCGAAAAAAUGCCAACGAGAUUCACUGCCUAGUGAUUGUAGUGAGGCCACUAAAUGCACUCACCGCAGUGGCAUCUAUAAAAUCCAAGUACCCCGCUACACUAAUUCACCGUUUUACGUGGAAUGUGAUGCAAAAACAGAUGAAGGCGGUUGGAUUGUUAUACAAAGACGUCAAGACGGUUCCAUUAAUUUCUAUCAGAAUUGGUUUGAAUACCGAAGAGGAUUUGGGGACAUAGAUGGUGAAUUCUUUAUAGGUUUAAAUAAGUUGCAUGCUCUGACCAACAACAAUGGACCCCAAGAGCUAAUGGUUGUUAUGGAACAUGAGAAUGGGACGAAGGCCUAUGCCAAAUAUGAUGGCUUUGCAAUUGAAGAUUAUUCGGAAAGGUUUAAAUUAAAGACAUUGGGAAAAUAUUCGGGCACAGCUGGAGAUUCCUUGCAUCGGCAUCUCGGUUUUAUGUUUUCAACGUGGGAUCGUGAUUACGAUAAUGAUACAAAAAUUAAUUGCGCCCAGCGGUUUAAAGGAGCAUGGUGGCAUUUUAACUGUUAUAGGAGCAAUCUAAAUGGAGAGUAUAGAAACUAUAAAUACGGCGAGGGUAUAAACUGGCUUUCAUUUAAUGGCAACAUAACUUCUCUGAGAUAUGCCAAAAUGAUGAUACGUCGUCGUAGAUUUUAAUUAAUAAUUAUAAUUAUCAGCUACAAAUAAACAUUUAAAAGCUUGUACGUCUUUAUACCAUUUAACUAGCUAUGUGCACCUUUCCUUGCCAGGGUUUCAGUAAAGAUUUAUAAUUUAUACAUUAAGAUCUUGUAUGAAUAAUUUUCAAUGUUACACACAGAAUGACAAAU